AUGACGUCAGUUUCUAAAAAGUGCGAAGAUUCACAGUCGGUGCAAGCGGUAUCUCUUGUAGUUCCACCAUUUAUUGAAAAAGAUCCCGUUUUAUGGUUCAUGAUUUUAGAAGCUGAGUUUACUUCUAAGCAUGUCACUAGCGAUUCUGCAAAGUUUAACCACUUGCUCACACGCUUGCCAACUGAUAUUACUAUAGCGCUACGCGAUCUUAUUAUUACAUCUUGUCCUCCUGACCGCUAUAAUUCUCUCAAGAACGCUGUAAUAAAGCGUGUUACUCCCUCAUUGAAGUCCCGCCUGCACAAACUUUUUACUGGUCUUCAGCUAGGUUCUAGUAAGCCAUCCGCGCUAUUGCUAGAGAUGCGUGGUCUUCUUCAAGGAUUGCAUAUGGAUGAGUCGCUGCUUCGAGAGUUAUGGCUUCAGCGUUUGCCUGAAAACGUGCAAGCUAUGCUAUCGCUUGCGAAAUCGCAACCUUUGUCAGAAGUUGCAGAUAUUGCUGAUGAUAUGAUGGAUCGCUUCACCGGACCACCGUGUCCGUCGUCUAGUUCUCUUCGCUCACCUGACGUAGAUUUCACUGUUGACCCUUCGGUCCAAACCAUCGACACCACUACUCCACCUUCCACUGGUGAGCUCUUAACAGAGAUAGCCGCGCUACGGCAAGAAGUUCAAAGCUUAAAGUUACAUCGGCACCAACGGGAUUCUCCAUCCCGUUCUCCUAGCCCAUCUCGAAGCCGAACACGACGCCCAAUUUGCCGUUAUCACGCACGUUUUGGAAGUUCCGCUCGAAAUUGUAUAAAACCAUGCUCAUUUCCUGUAACGAGAAAAAGGACAGGCCGACACGUAUUGGCGACGAACGCCGUCGGCCGAAGUCGUCCAAGUCGCCUAUUCAAAAUCGUUGAUAGGAACACCGGGAUCAUGUUCCUGGUUGAUACCGGGGCGGAAGUUAGCGUGAUCCCACCGGUUCCAGGCGACGCGACUAAGCCACAGACAACCAACUUGCGUGCCGCUAACGGCACCGCUAUCCGAGUUUUCGGUCAACGCUCCCUUACCAUUGACCUCGGACUACGACGUCCCUUUCGAUGGAUUUUCACCAUCGCUGCCGUUCCAUUUGCUAUAUUGGGUAUCGACUUCCUCCAACACUUCGAUCUUCUCGUCGAUGCGCGUCAUCGCAAACUCGUUGACCAAAAGACCCAGCUUUUCACAUGUGGAGUUCGCACACCUUGUGUUUCUGUCACUCCCAUUUACAUUCAGCCUGAAGCUGAUAAGGAAUUUUUAGAUCUGUUCAGACAGUUUCCGCAGCUCGUCCGCUCAGCUGACGCUACUCUUCCGGUCGCAUCUAACGUUACGCACCAUAUACGAACCCGUGGCCCACCGGUUUCUGCACGGCCACGACGUCUCGCCCCUGAUAAGCUAAAAGCCGCUAAGGCGGAAUUCGAGCACAUGCUCGAACUUGGUAUCAUCC